GAGUAGGCAGGGGAGGAAGAGAGAGGGAGGCAAGAGGUGGAGGAACGGGUGGUUAAGAAAUAAAGGUGUAGCCUGAUCUACAGAGACAAUCAAACGAGGGGCUUAUUUCCAUAAAUUAUAUUCUUUUCGGGCUUUGCUGUUUAUUCUUAGCAGAGCAAACAGAGGAGUCAUUCACUGUUUCUAACGCGUAAGGCUGCCCCAAUACGCCGUUGGGCAUCACCGCCGAUAAAGGAUGGUAGGUUUGAUUGUAUAGCGUGAAUUAAUAGCAAAGUAUCCUUGCGAUCCACAGUGAAGAGAGGGGAGAAGGCAAACUAUGCUCCGAGGAUGAUUUCUGCUAAGAAAACUCCGGAGAAGAGUCGUUAUCCUAUCCACUAUUUGGUGUGGCACAACAAACACCGACAGCUGGAGAAGGAGCUGGCAACGAACGAGCAGGCUAAUUUAGAGUCUCUGGACCCUCGUGGACGGACCCCUCUCCACCUGGCUGUCACUCUGGGCCACCUGGACUGUGCCAGGGUCCUGCUGCAGCACGGAGCUGACGUUAGCAAGGAGAACCGCAAUGGAUGGACUGUUCUUCAGGAGGCGGUGAGUACAAGAGAUCCGGAGUUGGUGCGUCUCGUGCUUCGUUACCGUGACUACCAGAGGACUGCCAAGAGACUGGCGGGCAUCCCCGUCCUGCUGGAGCGUCUGCGCCAAGCCCAGGACUUCUAUGUGGAAAUGAAAUGGGAGUUUACCAGCUGGGUGCCCCUGGUGUCUCGUAUCUGCCCCAGUGACACCUACAGAGUUUGGAAGAGUGGUCAGUGUCUCCGCGUUGACACCACCCUGAUGGGCUUCGAGCAGAUGACCUGGCAGAGAGGAAAACGGAGCUUCAUUUUCAGGGGACAAGACUCCAGCGCAGAGGUGAUGGAGGUCGACCAUGACAGGCAGCUGGUGUUUUGCGAGACCUUGUGCGUCUCGUCUCUCACGGCGCUCUCACCUGGUCGAGGGAAUGGUGCCGCCUGCAGCAGCAACGCUGCCAGUUUGGGCCUUCUGGGGGCGAUCCAGCCCAGUGAUGAGCAAGUAGCAGCCAGGCUGUCUGCCCCCGUGGUGACCACUCAGCUGGACACCCGCAAUAUCGCCUUUGAGAGGAACAAGACGGGUAUACUCGGGUGGAGGAGUGAGAAGACUGAGACAGUGAAUGGAUAUGAAGCCAAGGUGUACGCAGCAUCCAAUGUGGAGCUGAUCACCAGGACCAGAACUGACCAUCUGUCAGACCAGAACAAGAACAAGACAAAAGGUGGGAAGACUCCACUGCAGAACUUCCUUGGGAUUGCUGAACAACACAUGGGACCUAACAAUGGGGCCCUGGUGACCCAGAUGUCGUGUCCAGCGGUGACCAAUCCUGCAGCGCUGACGGCCGAGGAAUACUUCAACCCCAGCUCGUCACCGACUCAGAGGGACAUCGGCCACCCGUGCCAGCUCACCACAAAGACCCAGAGGUUUAAAGCCAAGCUGUGGUUGUGCGAGUCCCAUCCUCUGUCCCUGGCAGAACAAGUGGUGCCUAUCAUCGAUCUCAUGGCGAUUUCCAACGCCCUGUUCGCUAAGCUGCGUGACUUCAUCACUCUGCGUUUGCCGCCUGGCUUCCCUGUCAAGAUUGAGAUCCCACUCUACCACAUCCUGAAUGCCAGGAUCACUUUCAGCAAUCUCAAUGGCUGCGAGGAGGGGACGGGCGUCCGUUCUGAUAACGAAGUGGGAGUGGAGGGGGACGGACAGAGGGACACCCAGAGAACAGACACUCCAUCUCCGGGCAGUGACUCUUCCAGCGUCUCUAGCUCAAGCUCCACAAUGUCGUGUCGAGCUGGAGAGAUUCCCCCAUGUGUGUUCGAACCCCCUCCUGGAUACUCCAUGCUAGGGGGCAAGCAGAGAGACAGCAUGAGGGAGGAGGAGGAGGACCUGCUGCAAUUCGCCAUACAGCAGAGUCUGCUAGAGGCAGGCUCUGAAUAUGAUCAGGUCACCAUCUGGGAGGCGCUGACCAAUAGCAAGCCAGGAGCACACCCCCUGUCCUGUGAUCCAAGUCGUCUUGACAGGACGCCCCAGCACAAGCCUCGUGCCCCCUCCAGCCUUUGCUCCACCCCCUCCAAGAAGCAGGCAACCACCUGCAGCUAUGAUGAGCAGCUGCGCAUUGCCAUGGAGAUCUCAGCUCGGGAGCAGGAGGAGGCGGAGCUUCGGCGGCAACAGGAGGAGGCGGAGCUACAGCGCAUCAUCCAGCUGUCACUCAUGGAGAAAUGAGAGCUGAGUGGCCAAGCAGGGGUCUUAUUGGGGGGGGGGUCUGGACCAAGGGCACAUGGGAGAAAAGGACAGUACGGGCAACAUUAAAACUUAAAGCACACUCUGUAAGUGGCUGGAAAUAAACGCCAAAAUCAUCUUUGUGGUUUCAUACGAUCAAGUGGCCUCCUCCUUUUUCUCCCAUUGCCUUCGCCAGACCUUUCCCAUGAAGCCAUAACGGCGAUGCGGCUGUCCGGCCUCAGACAGCCAGAGAGGGACAUCAGUUCCCUCUUCCUGGUGCCACAUGGUACUUUUUCGACCAGUGCCAGUUUACAACAAACACAUCAGAUACAACAUUUCAGUGGAAUUCCCACCUUGGAUGAGUGAUUACUGUCUGUUUGCAGGUGUGUGUGUGUGUGUAUUUGUGUAUGUGUUUCAAAACCAGCUCUCCGCAAAGGGGUCACCAAUUACCUUCUGUCCUGGAAAUCGUAAAGGCCAACUCUCUGCUCCAGCACUAACACACACACACACACACACACACACACACACACACACACAGGUCCUUUUGCCACUGUUGUGUGGUUUCAAAUGUGAUAAAAAAAAAAAAAGAGCUUGUGUGGACAGAGCAGUGAUGAGCCAGGACUAGUGGCGUGGGAGAAUACUUGUUGGUCAAGUUGAGGUGAAUGUCGACAAACCAUCAGACUUCCUCAGUUUUUAAAGAAAACAUUUGGUACCUUUUUUUUUCUUUUUCUUUGCACAAAAUCCAGAUGUACUGUAUUUAUCUUGCGGUUGGAUCACAUAUUUGACUGUUAAUGGACGUAGAUGACGAGUUUGAGCACAAACUAAACUCAGGCCAGUUGUAGUUUGUAGGUUAGACUGCAGGAGCACAGAUACUGUAUGAUGAGACUCAGAUGGAACACUUGGUGUACUAACUAACCUGUAUGUGACUGUGAAUGAGUAGUGGCCAGCCUGUGUGUAAUACAAACAAUAAAGGGACAUUGUAAGUGGAUUGU